AUGAUUGGACCCGAUGGGAGAUUUCCGCCUGCCAGCAACACGACCAAGACGACCACCUCUACCACAGCUGCAAUUGGCCGACGCCCCCAAGGUGUGGAGAAGUGGAUCGAGUUCGAACGGGACGCAAGAAACCACCAGAUUGCAUCAUCGGCACCACUGCACCGCAGUCGUUUUUUUAGCGUCCCGUUGCACGAGGGUAGAUCGGGUGCCUCGGAGGCUCUCGUCGAAAGUAUUUUAGAUGCAGAGCAGUUCCGAGUCACCAACAGAAUCUGCAAAGGCACGGCAAUUGAAGUUGGGCACAGGGCCGCGGUUUUGACUGCUCCGUUCGGACAACCUGAUCGCAUCAUCCAUAACUGUCAGGCAAUGCUCGUGCCGAUUGAGGUUAAGCCCAGAUCUGUUCUUCCCGACGAUGUGGACCUGGUUGCCCAAUCCAAGGCCGUCUUUAAGGAGUUGAAGGCUCUCUCCGACCAUCGUUACAUGAUGCUAACAGAUGAUGAGAAAGCACAAUGGAAUAGCAUCGUUCACGCCAACGUCGCUGUGAAGGCCGUUAUUCAGGUUAAUGGAUACGCAUGUGCCAACCGGAGGAGGUAUUCGCUCAUCACCACUCAAAGCUCAUAUUGGUUCAUCGAACGGCCAGAGGACCGCCCAGAUGUCCUUCGCAUCGCCGGUCCUAUUCGCACCUUUCAUGACAGCCCAACGGUGGCUCAGGCCCUGGAUUAUUUCAUCGGGCUUGCGAUGGAAAACCCGACCACUCCGUCGCCCAGCGAGAGCACCACGUCCCCUUCAGGAUGUCGAGCUACGAAACUCCUGGACCAACCGUCGGCCAUCUUUACCUCAAGGGAUGUCAUUGAAUUCAAAGAGGUCGAUCUGUUGCCAGCGUUGAGAUCGUUCGCAACAGAUAACAGUACGGUGGUGCAAACCGUAGCAUUCGAUUCGACGAAUUAUGCAACCUCCAUGGCACUCAAAACCGUCGACCGCCUCACAUGCCCCGAGAUUGUAGAGCAAUUGGAAAACGAGAUAGAUGUUUACCACUUUUUGGAAAACAUGCAAGGGAGAACCAUUCCUCGACUCGUCGCAUGUGGGUUUUUUCAAGGGGGGGAGAUCGCCAUUAUUGGAACGGAGUUUGUCGAGGGGCGGCACAUAUCUGCCGCGGAUCGCUCACUAUUCGAUUGUGUACGGGCAGCCUACAUGUCACUACACCAAGCGGGAGUUAUUCAUGGCGAUAUCGCAUCGCGCAACAUCAUUAUCACUGGCCUCUCUGCGCGCCCGGUCGUUCUCAUCGACUUUGGCAUGGCGCACGAAGCUACCCCUGCCAAGAUUCAAAGCGAGCUUGCCCAGGUCGAGAAUAUGUUGGCCAACCUUCACUGA